CGGGACACUUCCACAAUGUGCGCAGACAAGCUGGAGAGGUUGACCAAAACCCAAACGAUUGACCUGAGGGGAAAGCUCAUUGGGCCAUCCUGUAAAAUCUUCUUUAGCGAUGACCCCAUCAAGAUCGUGCGCGCCAGGGGUCAGUACAUGUACGACGAGAAGGGUCAGCGCUACCUGGACUGCAUCAACAAUGUGGCUCACGUGGGUCACUGCCACCCGGAUGUGGUUUCGGCGGGCGCGCUGCAGAUGGAGACGCUGAACACCAACUCGCGCUUCCUGCACGACAACCUGGUGCUCUACGCCCAGCGGCUGCAGGCCACCCUACCCGCCCAGCUCUCGGUCUUCUACUUCGUUAACUCUGGAUCGGAGGCCAACGACCUGGCGCUCCGCCUCGCCCGCCAGUACUCGGGCAGCCAGGAUAUCGUCACCCUGGACAACGCCUAUCACGGUCACGUGACAUCUCUCAUCGAAAUCAGCCCCUACAAGUUGCACCAUAUGCCACAUGCGCCGCUCAACCCAUUUGUCCACGUGGCCCCGAGCCCGGACGUGUACAGAGGCCGAUACAGACGUGACCACCCGGAUCCCGCAAAAGCCUACGCCGACGAAGUCCGAGAUGUCAUCAAGCGAGUGCAAACGCGAGGAGGCAAGAUCGCCGCUUUUAUUGCGGAGUCUUUGCAGAGUUGCGGUGGGCAGGUCAUCCCUCCCGCUGGCUACUUUCAGCAAGUGGCCGAGCACGUCCAUAAAGCAGGGGGACUCUUCAUCGCCGACGAAGUGCAGGUGGGCUUCGGCCGGGUGGGCACCCACUUCUGGGCCUUCCAGCUUCAGGGCGACGACUUUGUGCCCGACAUCGUCACCAUGGGCAAACCCAUCGGCAACGGGCACCCCAUGUCGUGCGUGGUCACCAGCAAAGAGGUGGCCGAGGCCUUCGCGUCGUCGGGAAACGAGUAUUUCAACACGUUCGGAGGUAAUCCGGUGUCGUGCGCCAUCGGCCUGGCCGUCCUGGACGUGAUCGCCAAGGAAGACCUGCAGGGUCAAGCUUUGCGAGUCGGGGGGUACCUCAUGUCCCUGCUGGAGAAGCAAAAGUCGAAGCACCCGCUGAUCGGCGACAUCAGGGGUCGCGGCCUCUUUGUGGGCGUGGAACUGGUCAGGGACAGGUCCAAGCUGACGCCCGCUACAGCGGAGGCCCAAGAAGUCAUCUAUUGGUUGAAGGAGGAGCGCGUGCUGAUGAGCGCCGACGGGCCGCACCGCAACGUGCUCAAGUUCAAGCCUCCCUUGUGCUUCGGCACUGACGACGCCGACUUUGUGGUGGACAAAAUGGACGCCGUACUCACCGAAAUUGAAGCGGCCAUAGGUUUGAACGCUGCCAACGUGCUCAAUGGAGAGAAUGGCGUCAACUGAAGAAAGGUAUAGUCAGGAAAGUAUCGUGAGACGGUCGCGCAAACGCAACAACGGCAAACUCUUGACGAUAAAAGUGCAUAAGUGAUCCGAACCGCUCACGAAAGCCGUUACACUCCUGUCUUAAUUCGGUGGGCCAUGUCUUUACCGUUAUUGAUCCAAUUAUGUGAAAAUGACCCAGAUAAACGCGUUUAGCUGCUGCGCUACUGUAUAUUGCAUCACCAUCACAAGAGCUGUGGUCAAACUUGCUCAUUUUUCUUCUUUGUUUGCUUGAAGGUGGCAUCGAAUGAAGGCACUUUUACAUCAUCCUCGCCACUUGGCGCACGGUCAACGUGUGAUGAUAUCGUGAGCGCAAGCCUGCCAUGGGCAACACAAGUCAAAUAUUUACUGUUAAAUCAGAAUGAAGUCUGCUCAGGUAUAUAUAUAUAUAUAUAUAUAUAUAUAUAUAUUUUUUUUUUAUUAUUAU